AUGGCGAUGGCAGAUGUGAAGUUAAAUUCACCAACUCAAACAAACAGUCAAAGUGUUAUUGUCAAUGUCAAAGAAAGAGAUGUUGAAAUGGGGAAACCAUACGAAGACGAAGAUGGUAUAACAAUAGUUCCUGUAAAAGAACAACCAACAUAUCCUGAAGUUAGCAGAGACUUAAGUUCUGUUGCAGAUAUUCGAAACGACUACCAACAACUUAAAGACAAACUUCAAACUCAGGAGAAGAUUUGUCAAGCUUUAGGUAUAAUGUUAAACUUGGUCGAACACAACCCUGUAAAAGUGAACUCAUAUGUCAUUGCACCUCAUGAAGUUUGA